UCAUCCUCCAUCAGUCGCGCCUUGUCCUCUCCCACCAUGAGCUCUGGUAUCGUCCGCAAGUUCCGCACCAGAGACGGCGUAUCCACCCUUGUCGUCUUCCCCAAAACACAGGACGCCAUCGAUAGACCUGAGGAGUGGAAUCGACAAUGGGAAGAGUUCUACCAGCACCCUGACUUUCCGGGGCCCACCCAGCUCGUCAACGGCUAUCGAGGCAUUCGCAAUCCCCGGGCCAACCUCGAUUUCUUCUUCUUCAGCGAUCUGUUGGAGCAGACGCGUCACCUGCACCGACAUUUCCUCAAAUUCUGCCGGCACCAGGCGUUCGUCGACGCCUUCAGUAAGUCAUGGCUAAGGGCGAAGCCAGAAGAUCGGAAGCAACAUGCGCUGAAUGCGAUCGCCAACGUAUGUGGCACGACAGACAACAUCAACAACGCCCGCGCGUACUGCCCCGAGAUCCUGAAUAUGAAGAACCUCGUGUACGAGGGUGACGGCAUCGGCUUCAUCCAUCUUCUGGAGCGUAUGCGCCACACAGACAUCAGUGUGCGCGCCCCCCACGAGAUACGCACCUACUCGCCGCAGUGGGACAAGUUCCUGGAGGAGUGGGGGAAGACUAGCCAUACUCAAGUCGAGGAGCUCUGCCUCGCGGAGGUGAUGGGGCUGCGAUUCAAGAUGCUAUGCUGGAUCGUCCUGUACACGACCUUUUCCUUCCUGGGACUCUCGCUGCCCAAGAUCAACGUCACCAAGGAGCGAUACCCGAAGGGAGACGAGACCGCGGCGCGCUCGCUUAAGCAUAUCGAGGUGCUUGAGCGCGCCGCGACUGUGGGAGAGCUGGCUAUGGCGUGUGGGGACACCAAGGAAGCCGACGAGCGAUUCCGCCAGCACGAGCGCGAUCACCGCAAGAUGAUGGCUGGACGUCGCGUCGCCUGCGCUCGAUGCUUGAGCUUCCAAGACGAGUCCCAGGAGCGCUUCAAGCGGUGCGUGAAGUGCUGGGAGCAGAAGCGCGACGUCUCGUACUGCUCGAGGAAGUGCCAGGUCGAAGACUGGAAGUCGGGACGGCACAAGAUCGUCUGUGGCAAGGCGAUCGACAUGCAGACCGCGCGCAUAUAUUCCGACACACGCCCGCGCGAGAGCCUGCAGCGCGACCCGGAGGAGCCCAUCCCAGACAGAGAGUGGAAGGAGGUGAUGCGCUUGUACAAGAUGCUCGAGCCCACCUUGGACUUGGACUGAUUCAAUGACUUCGUAACGGCUUCCUAUGACCUUGUUAUGGAAGAUGCAUAUCAUGCAGCGCACUGAUAUGUAAACCUGCUAUUAUGUUCCAAGCUUUAUGUUGUACUGCCAUAGUGUGUCCAACAUGUACCUAUUAUGCCCGGAUUAUCAGCGAAUGCAGCACAGUCCAUUCA